AUGCAGUCGUACCUCCAGUACCGUCGGAUCCAACAGUCCGUCCGACGGCAGGUCGAGCCGAUCAACUCGACUAGGAAUGGCGAGAUUCCUGCCUCAGGCUCUACUUUUCCUCCUCCUCCUCCUCCUCCUUCUUCUCCUUCUUCUCCUUCUGCCAUUCUUCCUGGCGUGCGUCCAUCGGAUGACGGCCAGCUGCUCAUCGUCGGCUGGGAGGACGAGAACGAUCCGCUGAACCCGCGCAACUAUGGCCUCGCGCGUCGACUGGCGGCCACCUUGAUUGUCACGGCGAUGGCCUUUGUUGUUACGGCGGCCUCGUCCAUUUCCUCUGCUGUGGUGCCGCAGACCGACGCGGCGUAUCACGUCAGUGAUGUUGUGGGAUCGUUAACGACGGGAAUCUAUCUCCUCGGCUUCGCGACCGGCUCGCUUGUUUCCGGCCCCCUGUCUGAGAUCCUCGGCCGUAACGCAGUCUACUCCGGCUCGCUGGUCAUCUUCAUGCUCUUCGUCAUGGCGUCCGGUCUGGCGCCCAACAUCGGCGCCCAGCUGGCAUGUCGGUUCCUGGCGGGCGUCUUUGGCUGUCCGCCGUUGACCUGUGCCGGCGGUACGGUGGCCGAUCUAUGGUCCCCCCUAGAGAAGACGUUUGCCUUCCCGCUAUACUCGAUCGUGUCCUUUGGGGGGCCCGUCCUGGCCCCCGUCAUCGCCUCGUAUAUGGGUGGGAAGGUGCUUUCCUGGCGCUGGACCGACUGGAUCAUCCUCAUCAUGUCCGGGCUGAUCCUUGCCCUGAUCCUCCUCUUCCAACCGGAGACGUAUUCGCCUCUCCUGCUGCGAUGGAAGGCGAAACAUCUGCGCACCGUAACGGGGGAUUCUCGAUACCAUUCCCCCAUGGACAUGCAGCAUGCGGACCUGCUACCGCGCAUCUGGGGUGCGCUGGACCGCCAGUUCCGGCUCACCGUCCAUGAACCCAUCAUCCUCCUCAUCGCCCUGUACAUGACCGUCAUCUAUAUCGUGCUCUUUACUUUCUUUGACGGCUACACCUUCAUCUUUACCGACGUGCACCAUCUCUCGCAGGGUCUUACCAAUGUCGUCUGGGUAGCCAUGUACCUCGGCAUCCUCUUGGGCGGCACCCUGAUCCCCCUGAUCUACAAGUGGACCAAGGCCGAGUUUCUGGCUGUUCGUGCAACCACGGGGGAAGGAGACCCUGCAGCGACCGAACAACCCGGCAGUCAUGUCUUUGACCACGUCCACACCAGACCAGAGAACAGACUGUGGUUCGCCAUGUUCGGCGCCCCAUGUAUUCCCAUCGCUUUAUUCUGGAUGGGCUGGACUGACUGGGCAAAUGUAUCCAUCUGGUCUCCCAUCAUAGCAUCUGCCUUCUUCGGCUUCGGCACCGUGAUGGUGUUUAUAAGCUCGUACAUGUACGUCAUCGACACGUACGACAUCUACGCCGCCUCCGCCCUGGGCUUCAUGACUGUCUCGCGCUACUCGGUUGCCGGCGGGAUGACCGUCGCCGGUGUGCCCUUCUACACCAACCUGGGCGUGCAUCACACCCUGACUAUCCUGGCUUGUAUCAGUGCCGUGAUGACACCCCUUCCUUAUGUCUUCUAUCGCUAUGGAGAGGUUAUUCGGGGCCUGUCCAAGUUUGCAAGGAAGGAGAAACAGUUGGCAGCUUAG